AUGGUGCUUGCCCCCGAAGGAACCGGCGGAGGCCUCGUUCGCAGGGGCGCGGAGGAGAAGGAGGGGUCGCCACAGCUUGUGUCGAUCAGUUCGGGUGGAAAGCCACUCUACCGUGUGCAUGCUCGACAAGCUUCCGUCAUUCGGACUUGCGGAGGGGCCAUUGAGGGGAACAAGGGAAAGUCUGGUCCUACUUCUAGUCCCAGUCCCGCAGCUGUCAACACGGACAUCUAUCACGGCCCGUGCAACUUUGGAGCGGUCGGGGAGCUCUCUCUGUCUCUCUUCUCUUCCCCCCCACCCCCCACCACCUUCCCCUCGACCUUGAUUCUCGGUGAGCUUUCCUCGGUCAGAGACAAUGUCUCUCCACCGGAGAAUCCCCGUUCAACCCAAUUCCCUCCCAAACUCCCACAGGGGUCCUGGCUGAAUACUCGCCCGUGGGGAAUCGCCCGGAUUCCACGCAGAUUCCAGAAUGACUGGUCAACACAGAGAAUCUGGACUCGGCCCCCUUUUUCACAGUGGGUAGGCGACGCCGCCGGCCCCACCACCGUCGCCAUUGUGGACGUCGUUGCAUACCGAUUCGUGCUCGGGACGCUUUGCCCGGAACGCUAUCUGUAG